CCUGGUGGCACCUCCCCCUCGCAUAGGGCCAUCCAGUCCCUUCCCCAGAGCUGCUCCUCCUAUGGCCUCUUGACCCCUUCCUCCUUCCUACUGCUUUGCCGGACACACCGGGUGCCCAGCGAGCCCCUUUCCCAAACCUCAGGGAGCAGGGGCGUGGGAAGAGGCAAAAAACUGCAGGGAACUGGGAAGGGCGGGCAGAGAGACCAGGAAUAAAGACACCAGAUAGAAACACACACAUACACACACACACACACACACACACACACACACCCUCACACACCCGCUACCAGAUGAUAGAGACCUAAAGAACAGCAGAGGAAGAGAGAGAAACAGAGACAAAGACAGAAUUAGAGAGAGAAAGAGACAGCAUAGGAAACAGGCGAAUUCACAGAGUUAGAAAUACAAAGAGACAGAAAGGGACAGAAAGAGAAACAGAAAAUUAGAUACCAAAGAGAUACAGGGAGAAAGACAGACCAGGCUGAGAGAAGGGCUGAGAAAGAGGCGGCAGAAGCUGGGCAGAGCGUGCCAGCAGGCGGGUGGAGGGGCGCCUGGCAGAGGAGAUGUAGUGCCCUGCGGGCUGGGUGGGCAGAGAAGCAGCUGCCUCAGCGGAGGUGGGGGGCAUGGGCGGGUCAGGCGUUCUGCUGCUGCUGCUGGCCGCUGUGGGGAUGGGGGUGGCCUGGAGACCCCCAAAGGGGAAGUGUCCUCCCCGCUGCUCCUGCUCCAAAGACAGUGCCCUAUGUGAGGGCUCUCUGGACCUGCCCGUGAACUUCUCCCCAACCCUGCUGUCACUCUCACUUGUCAGGACUGGAGUCACCCAACUGAAGGCUGGCAGCUUCCUGAGGACGCCGUCACUGCACCUGCUCCUCUUCACAUCCAACUCCUUCUCCGUGAUCGAGGAUGAUGCAUUUGCAGGCCUGUCCCACCUGCAAUACCUCUUCAUUGAGGACAACAAUAUCGGUUCCAUCUCUAAGAACGCUCUGAGAGGACUUCGCUCACUCACACACCUAAGCCUGGCCAACAACCAUAUAGAGGCCCUCCCUAGAUUCCUGUUCCGAGGCCUGGAGACCCUUACUCAUGUGGACCUCCGCGGGAACCCGUUCCAGUGUGACUGCCGAGUCCUCUGGCUGCUGCAGUGGAUGCCCACCGUGAACGCCAGCGUGGGGACUGGGGCCUGUGCAGGCCCUGCUGCCCUGGCCCACAUGCAGCUCCGCCACCUCGACCCCAAGACGUUCAAGUGCAGAGGCAUAGAGCUGUCCUGGUUCCAAACUGUCGGGGAGUCAGCACUGGGCGUGGAGCCCUUCUCCUACCAGGGAGAACCCCACAUCGUUUUGGCACAGCCCUUUGCCGGCCGCUGCCUGAUUCUCUCCUGGGACUACAGCCUGCAGCGCUUCCGGCCUGAGGAAGAGCUGUCUGCGCCUUCGGUGGUGUCCUGCAAGCCGCUGGUGCUGGGCCCGAGCCUCUUCGUGUUGGCUGCCCGCUUGUGGGGAGGCUCGCAGCUGUGGACCCGACCCAGCCCGGGCCUGCGCCUGGCUCCGAUGCAGGCACUGGCCCCUCGGCGGCUGCUGCGGCCCAACGAUGCUGAGCUCUUGUGGCUGGACAGACAGCCCUGCUUCGUGGUGGCUGACGCUUCCAAGGCAGGCAGCACCACACUGCUGUGCCGUGAUGGACCUGGCUUUUAUCCGCGCCAGAGCCUGCACGCCUGGCACCGGGACACCGAUGCAGAGGCCCUGGAGCUGGAUGGCAGGUCCCACCUGUUGCUGGCCUCGGCCUCACAGCGGCCUGUGCUCUUCCACUGGUCUGGUGGCCGCUUCGAGAGGCGCACAGACAUCCCUGAGGCCGAGGAUGUCUAUGCCACGCACCACUUCCAGGCUGGUGGGGAUGUGUUCCUGUGCCUGACACGCUACAUUGGGGAUUCCAUGGUCAUGCGCUGGGACGGCUCCAUGUUCCGCCUGCUGCAACAACUCCCCUCCCGCGGCGCCCACGUCUUCCAGCCUCUGCUCAUCGCCAGGGACCAGUUGGCUAUCCUGGGCAGCGACUUCGCCUUCAGCCAGGUUUUCCGGCUGGAGCCUGACAAGGGGCUCCUGGAGCCAGUGCAGGAAGUGGGGCCCCCGGCUUUGGUUGCGCCCCGGGCCUUCGCCCACGUCACGGUGGCCGGCAGACGCUUCCUCUUCGCCGCUUGCUUCAAGGGCCCCACGCAGAUCUACCAGCAUCGUGAGCUAGACCUCAGUGCCUGAGACGCAAAGCGAGCCUGGACGUGGCUUAGGAGACUGGCCCAGGACGUCUCGUGCCUCCAGACGCUUCCGUGGCUGACCUCCUGGCCUCAUUUGGUGCCAGGUCCUCUGAGAUGCUGACCACAGGCCAAGUUCAUCACCCACAGACCUAGACCUUAGCCCAUUGGAUCUUCCAAGUCGCCCUUGCAGUCUGAAGCAACAACUUGGCUGGAGCAGACACCCCACCAUCCAGAGGCAACCCACGCGCUCAGGCUGGGGCUGCAAGGAGCCCCUGAAAGUAGAGGGGAGACUGUCCAGAGCUCAGUAGGGUCUGGACGCGCCCCCCUCACUCCCACUUUCCCUGCUCCCUAAGAAAGAACUGAGGAGAUGGCUCUCCUUUACCCCUGCGCAGAGAGGAGCCCAGGCCUAGCUGAGUGCCUCUGACUGCCACCCGGCCACCUCCUGGGGCUGGGACUGGGCGGUUCCUGGGCACCGCCUCCGGGCCUCCUGCGCAUGCGCGGCAGAAGUUGGGCCUGUGGUGGGAUCCGGGCGUGUCUUGGCUGCCCAGAAGCCCCUCUCCGGGGCAGGACUGAGGCUAGGACAGUUUAAUAAAUGCUCUGUGCACCGUCUGUCCGGCUCCUGUGAGCUCUCUGGGACUGGGUGACUGGGACAGGGAAUGGGAAAGGGGCGGGUCCCUGGAGUAGCGCUGGGAUUGGGUUUGGAGGCGGCCCCAGGGACGCGCAGUUUGGCUGCGGGGAGCCACCCGGGGGGUCCUGUGGGUGCUGGCCUCAGGGGAUAUUUGAAGAAUGUAAGGGCAUGAUGAGGGAACAGGUUACGAGUUUAUUGUGGAUCUCUUUUGGGGGGUUAUGUCUCGAACCUUGCAGGAGAUAUUUUUGGGCGUUUUGAAGAGUUUUGGGCUUUUUAUGGGUUGGCUCAUGGGGACAUUUUGGAUACUUUAUUGGGUACUGGGGAAUCUCAGGGGAGUCUGAGGCAGGGAAGUUCUCACAGCAUGUGCCCAUAGUAUAUUAUUAGGGAUAUCACGGGAAUUAUUUAAAGGUCUCACAGGGAUA